UUCUGCAAGUGCUAGUAUCAGUUCAUCUCAUCACAAUCAUCAUCUCUUUCGUAUUUAUAGCACAGGAAGCAGGGGCAUCUAUGACCAAGCCUGGGUGCCCAGAGAAAUGUGGGAAUAUUACCAUUCCAUAUCCAUUUGGCAUGGGGAAAGGUUGUUACCUGAAUAGAAAUUUUGAGAUCACAUGCAACAUGUCCUCCAAUCCCCCUCGUCCUCUUCUCCUCCAAGAAGUUCAACUUUUGCAGAUAUCAGAAGACUAUCUGCGCAUCAACGAUAUUGUUCACCAUAGCUGUUUUAAUAAGCAAUCAGGGAAGACUAAUUCAUCACAUGUACCAUAUAACAGAACUCAUCAUUUCAGUUACUCACACACCCAGAAUGAGUUCAUAGCGAUCGGGUGUGACAUAUUUGCUUAUAUCACUGAGGGCAACAGUAAAACAAACGCAACUGGGUGUGCAUCGCUUUGUAAUACUGAUAAAGACAUCGCUACUGAUUUUUCCUCUUCUGCUUGCUCUGGCAUUGGUUGCUGCAGGACUUAUCUCCAAACAGAUAUUUCACGGUUUUAUCUGAAGAUGCGCAGCAUCAACAUGAUCACACCAAUCUGGACCUCUCAACCAUGUGGCCUCGCUUUCAUUUCUGAGAGGAACUUCUUCAUACGUCAAUAUUUUAACCUCUCUAGUAAAUUUUUAGAGAGGAAUUUGUAUUUUGUUCCAGCAGUACUUGACUGGUCAGUUGGGGAAGUCUCUUGCCCUGAGGCUAUCAGAAGAAAAAACUAUGCGUGUGGCCAGAAUACGUACUGCAAUAACUCCAUCCAGGGCCAGGGGUAUAAGUGUCACUGCUCUAAAGGCUACCAAGGGAACCCCUACCUUGCAAACGGCUGCCAAGAUAUUAAUGAGUGCAACGACCCAGACGAAACUUUUUGCCUCAAGAUAGCUCUUUGCACUAAUGUCCCUGGCAGUUACUCAUGCACUUGCCCAACUGAUUACCAUGGAGAUGGCAAGAAAGAUGGAAUUGGGUGCAUACGUGGCAAGCAUCCACAUUUGCUAUCAUUGGUACUUUCUCUAGGUAUAAAACUUUACCAUUCUCCAACACCUAGCACUCGAAUCCCCUUCUCUACACUAACUUUUGUGCCCGAUGUAGGUGUGGGGAUUACUGUUGUUCCCUUUAUCCUAAUUGCUACAAGCUUAAGGUUAUACCGAGGACUUGAGAAAAGAGAGAAAAAGAAAAUAAAACAGAAGUUCUUCAAGAAGAAUGGAGGUCUGCUAUUGCAACAGCAAAUUUCUUCUAGCAAGGAAAGUGUAGAAAAAACAAAACUCUAUUCGGUAGAAGAGUUGGAGAAAGCAACAGAUGGUUUCAAUGCAAGUCGAAUCAUUGGUAAGGGAGGCCUUGGCACAGUAUACAAAGGGAUGUUAUCAGAUGGAACCAUUGUAGCCAUUAAGAAAUCCAAUACGGUUGAUGAGAAGCAGUUAGACCAGUUCAUUAAUGAAGUUUUGAUUCUUUCACAGAUCAACCAUAGGCACAUAGUAAAACUAUUAGGUUGUUGUCUGGAGACUGAAGUACCUUUGCUGGUUUAUGAAUAUGUCUCUAAUGGCCCCCUCUCCCACCAUCUUCAUGAAGAGGGUCAUGUAUAUAGAAUAUCUUGGAAAAAUCGGCUGCGAAUUGCAAGUGAAAUUGCUGGAGCCCUUGCUUAUUUGCACUCGCAUGCUUCUAUAGCCAUCUGUCAUAGAGAUAUCAAGUCUAGCAACAUAUUGUUGGAUGAAAACCUCCGGGCUGUACUUUCUGACUUUGGACUCUCAAGGUCAAUACCCCUUGACAAAACUCAUUUAACUGCAUUGGUACAAGGGACAUUUGGUUACUUGGAUCCUGAUUAUUUUCAUUCAGGUCAAUUGACUGAUAAAAGUGAUGUUUAUGCCUUUGGUGUAGUCCUUGCUGAACUUCUGACAGGAGAAAAAGCCAUUUCCUUUGAUAGAUUUGAACAAGGUCUAGCAAGUCAUUUUAGAUCAGCAAUGAAACAAAAUCAUCUGUUUGAUAUUCUUGAUAACCAAGUUGUAAAUGAAGGACAGAAGGAUGAUAUUUUUGCUGUUGCAAAGCUUACUAAGAGAUGCCUAAAGUUGAAUGGGAAAAAAAGGCCAACCAUGAAACAAGUUGAAAUAGACCUCCAACAAUUGGGCAGAUUUCAGGAGCAGUUUUCUUGUCAGAAGUCAAUGAUUCAAGAGGAUUUUUCACAACAGCAAACAUUCCAGGACUACUGCACGGUAAGUGAAAGAUCCCAUUCCUACACAUUUGGUCCAGCUGCAGAAGAAAUCGUUCAAGAUAUUGAGGUCUUGUUUUCGUAAGGAAUACAGUAUGGCAGCUUGAAGCUUCAGUUGAAUAUUAGGUGCUUUUUGUAACUGAUAUGGGUCAGAUGUUGGAAGGUUAAACUUUAUUUAGAAAGUUUGUAAAAUUAUAAUUAGAUUUAGUCACUAAAAGUUAAGAAGAAUAUUUUAUUUUUAAUGGGUUGCUUUAGUUUCUAUAUUUGUGGAGUAGGUUCUAGAAGGUUUCUAUAUUUUGUUAUUAUGAGUUUCUAUUUUGUUAGUGAGUAUAUAUAAAUAAGAAAUUUCUCCUC